UGAAAUAGCGAUGGGAAUGCCCAGGCCCUAUGUCCAGGAUGGUCAUGCCAGCGACUGGGCAUGGCACGGCCAGCGCAAUGGCGAAGUCUGCAUGGAUCGCGUAUCUCACCACAUUGCUGAGGACAGCAGGUGCAGGCGACAUGCCGAUGGACCUUGGGAGUCAGCCAUUGGGCUGGACCAUCAGUUCAGAACUCCUACCAGGUACAGUAGUUGGGCAGGGACGCUACGUGUUAGCUGAGAAGCUGUGCGAAGUCUGCCGCCUCCCUGAAUCGACUUCUCAGCCGCAGCACCUGGCAUUGCCUUUGCCCAGUCAGAGGCUGCUACUGGACGAUGGUCAAUGGCAGGGGCAAGUGAUACCCUAUGAGGGUUUGGCCGCGGCCAUUGCGAGUGACCUUCCGCAUCCACAGAUUCGCUUGCAGUUUCUGCCGGCUGUGCACGAAUAUGCAGUCUCUCAUUUGCAACGUCACCAACUCUACCAUGAUGCGACCUUUCGGUACAACUUUGGACAGCGUCUGGGAAAAGGCUCUUUUGGAGAGGCAUGGCGUGCAGUUACACUGGAUGGCUCCAUGAAAGAAGUUGUCUUGAAGCGGUUGUUCGUUGAAAAGGGCGAGCACGUUCGGAGGAGUGGUGAGAGGGAGAUCUACUUCGGCUCCAUCCUCCAACACCGGCAUCACAUCGCAAGGUUCUUGGAAUCGUUUGAAGAAGUGAGCCUUCCAGAGGACGGCAGACGACAAGUGGAGCUGUGGCUGGUCUUUGAGAACGAAGGAUUUUCCUUGACUCACUUUCUCUUCAAGACGCAGCCGGGCUCGCAGGUGGUGGAGCGCUCCACGUUUUGGUGGCUGGUGAAACAGGGCCUGCCAUGGGGUGGACAAGUCAUCAAGAACUUUGCCUACCAGCUCCUUCAAGGCCUAGCAGUCGCUCAUGCAGCAAACAUCACGCACAGAGAUGUGAAGGGUUCCAAUGUUUUCGUGACGGACACGUGGCCUCCGAUUGUCCGACUGGGAGACUUUGGCAGUGCGUUGAAGGCACCGCCAACGGAGGAUGUGCGGAAAUUGUAUGGACCAGAAGGACCCACUGAAGAUGAUGAAACCAGCGAGUACAAGCCGCCUGAAGCAGGUCUUUUUGAUGAGAUGCUGCUGCGACGUGUGGGUCUUGCAGCCAGUCCUGACCAUUGGCACAACCGCAGCUACGACAUGUGGAGCCUGGGCGUGUUGCUCUUGGAGCUGGUUCUCGGUACGCGGGAUUUAUAUCAUGUGGAUGAUCGCCGGUGGCUAAAGGAGGAGUUCCAGCUCGGCAAGGAGCAUAUUCCGGAAGAGCGCAUUGGACAAGGCCGCAUGCUGUUGGCCUUGCUGGACCUGUGUCUGGGGCCCAACGCUGCCCCAACGGCGCCCCUGCUCUGGUUCCUGAAGUCGGAGCCGGAGCUGUCCGUGCCCGCGGGUGGACAGAAGUGCUCUGAUGCUGAGUUUGCGGAACGGCUUCGCCAACAGGACGCGGCUGGAGUUGGUUUGCCAAAUGCCGCGGGCCGCGAUUUGCUGCGGCGCUUGUUGCAAUGGGAUCCCAACGAAAGGAUUCAGGCCCAGGAUGCCUUGAAGCACCCCUGGUUUGACGAUGGCGUCGAUCUGCCGCCGCUUCGAGUCUUCAAAUCCGCGGGAGGUGGACUUGGCAAGGCAUCAAGGGAAGAUGAAGUGCAGGAGGUGAACAUGCAAGUAGAUGAUGAGACAACUGAAGGCGCACUCAGCGGAUGGUCCGAGGAUUGGAGCUGGAGUGAGGGCUUUGAGGAAACGGACGGAGCGUUGGCCGAAUGGGACGAUGAUGAAGUCGACACCUUUGCUGGAGAGUACACGAUCAGCUCCUCCUGCCCAGGGCUUUACACACAUGUGGCAUCUGAUGAAGAUGUGGGCAGACGGAAAGACAUGGAGGACAGACACUCCAUUCACAACAUCUCAGCCUCCUGCCACGGUGGACAGGCUGGCUACCUGGCCAUCUUCGAUGGUCAUGGGGGCGAUUGGACUUCCAGUUGGCUGGCGCGAUCAUUGCACCGGCGCCUGCUGCGGGCCAAUCAGAGCGUCAAUGCUUCGUUGGAAACUGCCUUUGCGGCUUUCGACAAGGAACAACUUCAUUACCGGAAUGUCAUUGGCGACAAUGGCACUGGCAGCACUGCUUUGGUCGGCGUCUUGUGCAACUGCACCUUGCACUUGGCCAACCUCGGAGACUGUCGAGCGGUGGGAGCCUUCCGCAACAUGCGUGGUGCUGACGCAAUGGAGGCCGAAGAGAAAAUGUGGCCCCGCGGCGCCAGGGUAGAGGUAAAGGAUGCCCGCAGUGAUGAACUGAGAGGACAGCGGGGCACUGUAGUGGAGGUGAGAGUAGCAGAGGCUGCCCCUGGACGGCCUCGGCGCAUCUUCUGCGUGGUGCGGCUGCUGCGGGAUGGCACCUUGAGACCCUUUCGAGCGCAGUCCCUCCAGCUCCUAAGCGAGUUGCGCGCAGUGCGUUUGACGAAGGACCACAAACCUGGUGUUCCUGAAGAGACCCGCCGCAUCGAGGCUUUGGGCGGAAAGAUCGACUGGUUGAAAUCAACCCAUGUACAGGGAGAUCAGAGCGGUGACAUCCGUUCUGCUCGUGUAGCCGGUUUGGCCACUUCUAGGAGCUUCACAGGAAUAGAGCGAAGACCGCUUGUCAGCGCAGAACCAGAGUUUCAUACCUUGCCUUUGAAGCCGUGUGCUGUGGAAGGCAGAUGCAAGGCUGAAGGGUCCCGAGAUGAUUCGCAACCCUUGCUGCCUGCUUUCGUCGUUUUGGCGAGUGAUGGAGUAUGGGACGUGCUUGAUGACCAAAUCGCCGUGGAUCUUGUGUGGGAUCUCUUAGGCUCCGCCCAGGACCCACGGCGUGGCGUGGCUGGUGUGCUGCAAGAAGCAGCGCAACUUGUCGUGCAGGCUGCCAAAGAUCGCGGCUCUACUGACAACCUGACGUGCCUCAUCUUGCUUUUGAACCUAGAUUGAAGCUGAUUCAGAACAUCCUGAACUCCGAGAGCAGCGGAAGCAGAAGAUAUGGGAAAGUGCUGGGAGCAGAGACUCCAUGCCAGUGACCAGGUUACUUUCAGAAAAAAGAA